UUUAGGCAUGAUUUCGUGAAGGAUUCAGGUCGAAAUUGCAGUUGGAGGAAGAUUUACUUUUUUUUCCAUAUAGCUGGAAUGUAAAAUGGUUGUGGGGCAUGAAGCAGACGGAGAAGCAGCUAAUGUUAUGCAAUGCAGAUUGGAGGUGUGUCCGAAACAACUGUUCUCAAACUGUUUAACAUCACCGACAUCAUCCAGUUCCCUGUCUAAACAUCUCCUGAUGGAAUACGACGAUAUCGUAUGGAUUAAGGAAAAAGUCCCAAACGAUGCUGGGCUUGUAUCUCAACUUCCUACCUCCAUAACUGCCUCUGUUGACAGUUCCUCACCGCAGGAUAAAGUUACGGUCGGUAACGAUGUAUCAUCCCAUAUCACUGUUCAGUUCUUUAAUGGAAAUAACAAGAAGGUACCCGCUGAAUUCCUUAAGGAAAAUGAGGAGGAUGGAAAUUCUAUUUCCAUUGAAGACUUUGAUAUCACGGAAUAUGAGAAAAAACUGUAUGAUAAUGCGAAACAAACAAUAAAUCUAAUUGGUGAUCUGUGCAACCGUUCUGAACAAAUCACUGAACAGCAAAAGGAGACGCUUCUUAGAUUGGAAGAGAAACAGCAGGAAUGCCAAAAGAUCACUGAAAAAAUGGAGGAAGUUGCAAGACAAAAUGAACAACUUACUAUUGCGAAACAAGAGCUCGAACAACGCCUGGUUGAACAUAGUGCAGAUCAAGAAGAAAGUGGAAUAAGCCAGAGCAGUAAGACGGAAGGAAACCUAUCCCAGACGGAAUGGCAAAGAGUGGAUAGUUCACAUAUUAGUAACAGCGAUUUAUUACAACCAAACAGUGUUACGUUUCUCCAGAGCACCGAUAAAAUCGUUGUCACGGAUCAAGACAACGGUUUACUGCUUUUCUCUGUAGAAUUUGGGCUCAUCAAGAAAGUUUCAAGUUCAGAGUGGAAAUGGCCGCAGUCUGCUGUAUACACUCCAGAUAAUAAAAUUUUGGUUUCCGCAAUGGUAAGAGAUGGAAGUGGAAACAAAACAGUAUGGAAACGUAACUUGAUCAAAUUUAACGAAAACCUGGAAUUCGUUUCGAGGAUUGAAGGGCCAAAAUGGAUAGAGAAUGAGACGGUUACUAGGGAGCAUUUGUGCAUUGCAUUAAAUGGUUACAUAUAUUUAUGCGUUACUGGAGAUACGUUUUCGGCUUUGUAUGAACUUGCAACUGAUGGUCAGUGGACUGAACUUUGCCAUAAACGGAGUGCAAGGUUUUCUAACAUACAGGUGUUGGCUGUGAUUGAUGUGAUAACAGAAGUUUUGGUUGUAGAACAAAAACGCGGUUACAUUUGGCUGCUUAGUAUUCGGGAAUCCACUAUAUGCGACCGAAAUAUGAUUGCUGCCGUGGAAAAGCCUGGAGCACUGUGCAUCGAUGACGAGAAGCAACUGUUUAUCCAUGAUAUUGGACAGUCGAAAAUCCGCCUUUUAGAACCACGCACUUUCGAGGCAAUCCAGGAUGUAGCUCUUACUUCCAAGAAUUUAACCGCUAUCAGUGCUUACCAAGGACUACUUGUCGCUGUUUACUGCGCUGACAAAAUUAUACACCUUCAUAGGUACUCAUUAACUCAUAAAAAAAGUUUCAAGUGA